GCCUGUCCCUCUACCUGGAAUGCUUCUCCCGUCCCACGCGCGUGCCAUUCGCCCCACUUGGCAAUUUCCAGGACCCGGGCGGCGUUGCAACUUAGACACCGCUGCGAUUCCGUCCUUCCGUUGCCCCCAAAUGCCCAUCCCUUCCAUGUCUGCCGAGUUUCUCAACCUUUCCCCACACCCCUUCAUCCUUUCCACUCGUAAAGCCGCCCAUAUUUUUCUACCCGGCGAUGCUCGCGAUUCCGACCUUUAGAGAGAGGCCAGCCACUUACGACGGAGCAUCAACCGUGGAACUCCUCCUUUAUUGCUUCGGAAAUUAAUUAAGCCUCAAAACGGUGACCUGUAUUUGGGUACAGCCUGGCCUGGCCUGGCCUCGCCUGCGCGUCUAGGGUAUUCAGGCCAGCAGUAGCAUAUGCCUUGAUGUCGGAAUUAAGAUGUCUGCCUGUGUUGGUUGGGAAUGCGUCAAUCGUGGUGUCCUCGUCUUGUUAGGUCAUACGUAGCUUCUCCUAUGGUCCAAGGAGUUCACUAGAACCAGCUUGUUCUCCAUGUGGAUAGAAAAGCUGUCCUGUGAGUUGAAACACAAAUAUUGAGUGAGGAUGACAUUGAUAAGGGUUGGAAGGCUUUUCGGGGGCCGAGCUUGCUGCCGAUAAUCGGACUCUCUGCCUGCCUUUUGCAACUGCAUGCUUCAGAUUGGUGCCAGCUAAGCAAUAUAGCUGAAAUCAGCCAGAUCAGUGCUAAAUGCAGUGUCAAAAACACCACUAGUGGAACGUUUGGUUUAUGUUUCACACUGCAAGAAGCGCUUUCGAUGAGUGCCACGAUAUCUACAAGCUAGACACAAGAAGUUGGCGUUGACAGGGAGCAUUACAAGCUUCAUUGCUAGGCUACUGCUGGUUGGAAUAGAAAAGCAGAAUGACUACGUUGUGAGUUAUGAGAUGGACAUCAUGUUGAUUUCCCUCUGCUAUUGGUAAUUGGCAAUUGGCAUGGAAAGUCCCUUUUCCUGUCAGUUCCCUUCGUUUUAGUUCACGUCAAUGUCAACAAAUGGAUUGAACAGAUCCAUUAUCUGGGAUAGAGAGGACGGACCUGGUGGUGGGGCCACCUCUAACAUCUCAACCAGCAGAAACAUAUCACAUGAUAGGAAACAACAGGGGUGAUCACACUGGGGUAGGACAGGGAAGCGCUGCUGUAUCAUCGAUAAACAAUGAAUCUAGGCGACUUGAUGCUGAGAAAUCUGCUCUCCAUCAACACUUCAAAGAGCACGAGUCUUCUCCAAUGUCCUUCCCUCCGGAGAGUCAGGAAUUUGUCAUGUCAUAUUGCAAGACUACCCAGGCAAAACCGAAUGAUCUAAUUGAGAUGACUACGUGCACAGUUCACCCUUCAGUGGAUCAUGUGGUUGGUUCUUCGAAUUUUUCACAUGCCCCAGCAACUAAUCAUGUUUCAAAAAUAGAUAAUGGUAUAAUGACUAAUGGAGACAGAGGGAAGAAGCCCCCCUCAAUCUCUGUAACUGCAAAGGUGCGAAGUCCUGAGAUUGACUUCAGUUUUGAUCAGAAGCAGCACAGACCAGAAUGUCUACCUCUUUCCGAAAAUGUUCCUGCAAAUGAAAGUAACCAGAAAUCUGAUAUUUCUGCAACGCCCAGUAAUGGAGACAGAGGGAAGAAGCCCCCCUCAACCUCUGUAACUGCAAAGGUGCGAAGUCCUGAGAUUGACUUCAGUUUUGAUCAGAAGCAGCACAGACCAGAAUGUCUACCUCUUUCCGAAAAUGUUCCUGCAAAUGAAAGUAACCAGAAAUCUGAUAUUUCUGCAACGCCCAGUAAUGGAGACAGAGGGAAGAAGCCCCCCUCAACCUUUGUAGCUGCCAAGGUGAGAAGUCCUGAGAUUGACUUCAGUUUUCAUCAGAAGCAGCAUGUACCAGAAUGUCCACCUCUUUCUGAAAAUGUUUCUGCAAAUGGAAGUAACCAGAAAUCUGAUAUUCUUGCAACACCCAGCAAUGGAAAACCUUUUGCAGAUUAUGCAUUUAUGAGGGUAUCUAAUGUUAAUGUGCAGACACAACCAAAAGUACCACUACAACCUUUGGCGCAGCAACCUAAAGUGCUAAACAAGAAAGAAAGUGCAGCAAAGGGAGAUCUCCAUCUUGACAGUGACACUCCAAUUUCUGUCCAUGUUGCUUCAAGUACCAAUGUGCCUCGAACUGAAAAAAGAGCUGAUGCUGCUUUGUCUUACACUGAGGCCAAUCCGAGUUCUGCUGCAGACGCUAUGAAGGAGGCAAUGGAAUAUGCUGAUGCUAGGUUAAGAGCUGCAAAGGAACUAAUGGAGAGAAAAGGUGACAGUUUUAAAAUUCGAAAGAAGCCCAGUCAUCACAGAAGCACAAGAUCUGUAGAAAUCAAGGCUCCUGUAGAGGUAUAUACAUUUGAGGAAAACAUGUCAAUGAAAAAUCCAGCAAAAGGACAUAAUUUUGUGUUGGACAAGCACCAAGGUAAUGCUGUCAGAACGAAUCAUUGUGAUGACAGUGGAAGAAAGGUACUGCCAUUUGAGAAGCCUAAGCAGAUGAUGCGAACUUGCACUAUGCCAUGUCAAAAUUCCAGUAAAUUAGAGAAACUAGGUAACUGGAGAUCAGGUGAUGAAUUUUUUGAGCUUACUGGAGAUGAUCAGAAAUGCCAGACUGAUACAGCCAGGGGGGAAGAAGAUAAUUGUGGGACAUCAAAGACUGUCACUGAGCCCAGAAAGGUCCAAGAAGGUAAAGUUGAAGUUACCAUGCAAGACUCUGACCUUGGAAGACAUGAAAAACCGCGGGUUGUUAAUUAUCACAGCGAUUUGGAAGUGAAACAUGAAAGUCGGAAAGAAGAUAACACAGUUCAAUUGGAUAAAGGAGAAGAUAUGGUGUCUGCAAUGCUGGAAGCUUCUACAGAAUAUAUGGCACACAAAGGUAUUGAUAGCUCCCAUUGUGAGGAACUUGUGACUGUUGGAAAUUCUGAAGGAAGCCACGAUGAUGGGAGUGUUGACCUUCCUUCUGUGAGCAAGGUCUCUCCUGAAUUAGACUUCAUCAAGGAUGUUCCUAGUUCACGCUCAACUUCUUCGUCUGUUAACUACGCCAAUGAUCUGAAACAUCUUGGUAAUAGUAAUAUGAGUUCAGUAGAAGGAACAUUGAAGGAGCCCGAAAAGAGUGAAGGAGGACUAGAGGUACGAUGUGAUUAUGAGAUCCAAAGCACUUCAGGGAGUAGUAAAACAUUACAAGAACCUCCAGAAGUUGCUGAUGUUUAUAAUUCCCAAGCAAGUCAAAUUAAAUCAUUGAUUUUAGAGGAACUUGAAAGAUCUGAUCUAACUCAAACUUCCCCAAGGGUCGAGAGUACAUCUGAGCUUGAAGCUGAAACCUAUGGAAGGGAAAAGUUUAGUUUUAUUGGUGAAUCAUACCUGCAUAAUGAAAACGAAAUACCUUGUGAAUCACUAAUCUCUGAAGUAGAGAAAGUUGAAACUGAAGUGGAACUUCAUCCACACACACAUACUGAAGAGUCUGUUCCAGAUGAGGAUGUUAAGUGUACUGAACAGAGUGAUAUUACUUUGCAAACCAAUAAUCCUGUAGUGUCAUCUGUGCUGAAUGUAUUCGAGGUAGCCAGCAAAUUGAUUAAAGGGGACGUUGAUCAGGAAAUCCAAGGUUCAUUAGGGCCUAGCGAAGUGGAAGACAGAACAGAAGAAGGGACUGAUAGACCUGUCUCCGUUUGUGAACGUAAAGAAGCAGAAGAAACCCCCUCAGAAAAUAAUGAGAAGACAGAUACGGAGGAAGAAUCAGCUCAUGCUAAUCAGGAGGAUCAAAAGGCAUCUGUAUCUGAUACUAACAAAGGACAAGUUGAUGUAGAUGCACGGGGUAAGAUAACAGUUGAUAAAAUGGAAAGUGUGAUAAGUUUUGAAGAUGAGAUUACCAUGAAAUCUGCUAAUGAUUGCCCCACCAUAGUAGCAAUAAAUUCAAAGGACGAGCCAGCUUUCUGUCCAGAAAUGAGUACGGACGUGCAGCACUUGACUCAAAAUGCUGAAUCUGCUAUUUCUCAGACAUCUAAUGAAAAUGUUCCUGAUGUUGACAAGACCAAAGAGGUGCGCAAAGAAGCAGUAAGAGAAUUACCUACAGAAAUAUCUAGAACAUCUGAAGAAGAGAAAAGCAGUGCAAGCAAAAUGGAAGGAAAAAACUCUAGAGAAAGGAUAUCAAAGGCAGAACAAAAGCAUCAACAUGUUCAUUUGGAGAAGAAUGACAGUGUGCCUAAAUCUGCAGAAAGUUCAUUCCCAGUUUCCGCUGAGGUGUCAAGAAAAGAGACACCUGGGCCUCAGAGAAGCAAAGAGAGGGGGAGUACAAAAUCAGAAAAGGAAAGAGAGGACAGAGAGGCUGCUCAAAGACUUGAAGAAGCAAAAGAAAGGCAAAAGAUAUUUGAGAAAGAAAGAGAAAAUGCCGAAGACAGUGAAAGAAAAAGAAAGGAAGAGCAGGAGAGGGAAAGGGAAAGGGAAAAGGAUAAACUUGCUGUUGAAAGAGCUACAAGAGAAGCCCACGAGAGGGCAUUUAAUAAUGCUCGUGAGAUGGCAGAAAAAAUGGCAUUGGAAAGGAUUGCGGCGGCACGCCAAAGGGCUUCUGCUGAGGCCCGACAAAAAGAAGAGAGAGCAAAUGCCGAAGCUCGGAUAAAAGCAGAACGGGCUGCAGUCGAAAGAGCAACUGCAGAAGCUCGGGAGAGGGCGAUUAAAAAGGCUAAGGCUGAGAAGGCUGCUGCAGAGGCAAGAGAACGCAGGGAACAAAUCAGAUCCUCUUCCAAGGAUAUUCGACAGGACACUCAUUCUCAAAGAGCAACUUCUAGUGGCUCCUUAAGAAACCCAGAUUCUAGUAGCAAAGUGGUUGAUGCUGAGUCGGGUUUAAGGCAUAAAGCAAGAAUAGAGAGGCAUCAACGCACAACUGAGCGAGUGUCAAAAGCCCUCGCUGAGAAGAACAUGCGCGACCUGAUGGUUCAGAGAGAGCAGGCAGAGAAACAUAGGAUGGCUGAUUUCCUGGAUCCUGAGGUUAAGAGGUGGUCAAACGGAAAGGAAGGAAAUCUGCGAGCCCUGUUGUCCACUUUGCAAUAUAUUCUUGGAGCUGAUAGUGGUUGGCAGCCAGUGCCACUUACAGACCUCAUCACAGCCGCCGCGGUGAAGAAGGCCUACAGGAAGGCAACUCUGUGUGUCCACCCGGAUAAAUUGCAGCAAAGGGGUGCUACAAUCAGGCAGAAGUACAUCUGUGAGAAAGUUUUUGACCUUCUCAAGGAUGCUUGGAACAAGUUCACCUCCGAGGAGCGCUAGGACCGACAGAUAGGUGGGGAACAAAGAAGCCAAUUUAUUUUGGAGUAGCAUUUGCAUAGCCAUAUUGUUAGUUUUUUCAUUCAAUAUUGGUGUAAAUAUGCAGCUCUAGGUAUGUAGCAUCAUGCCAAGUUGACCGUGCAUGUCUCUCCUUAAUUAGUAGCAGUUCCGUAUGUGACUGGAAGUGAUUCAUUUGAAAGAGCUACGUGGUUGUGCUCCUAGCUUUUUGGAAAUUAGUUAUGUUCCAGGACUA